GGCAUAUCAGUGGCAACUACACCUUCGACAUGUGGGCACAACUCAGUACAAUUGCAUUAAUAUUAAGUCUGCUCGGCCUAGUCACGGCACAGCGCUACCUGCAGCAUCCAGAGCCGCAAGGACGUGGCAGAGGCGACUACACCACCUGCGGUCAACCAGUGUGCGCCACCAAUGGCUAUUGCUAUCGCUCAUUCGAGAACAUUUGCUGCCUAAACACCUUCAAUUUACAACUGCUCUUCGCUGGACAAAGAGAAUUUGUGGAAGCUGACAUGCAGCACUGCUUGCCAAAGCCAACUUGGUUCGACUACAGCACACCCUACAGAGCUCGUCCGCUACUCUCCUCCUCCUCCUCCUCGUACGCCUAUGCAGCCGCUUAUGAUUCGCCCUAUACAUACGAGCUUGCUGCUGCACAGGCACCAUACCCUUCAGAGUCAUAUAAUCCUUAUCGCUUCUACAAGUCACAAGCACAGGACAUAUAUUCCCCGACGAACGGGUUUGGGGGAAGACCUGACUUUACUAGCACGUGGGAACGUUACAGGGGAAUGCAGGAAUACUUUACUGAGCGACCUGCACCUACAAUAUCCACAGCAUCAGAAUCCACAACAAUAGCAACCACAUCCAGUUCAACAGCUACUGCCACCGCGGAAUCCACGGUGCCAACGACAUCAGUUGCAACAACAGCAACCACGACAGGAACUGCAGCAGUUAACACUCAAUUCCCAGUAUCAACUACACCGACAUUCACAUUAGGCUCAAGCACGGCAGUUACAACAGAAUCUAAUAUACCAUCCACAACGAGUGCCAUAGCAAUAACGAGCACAACAGUUUCAACACAGUCUACACAGAUCCCAACUGAGAAUUCAACAACAGGCUCAAGCACAACAGCAACCACACCAUUUAUUUCACUUUCAAGUUCAACAGUUACAACACCAUCCACACAAGAGUCUGCUUUAGUAGGGGUAUUGAGUACAGCAAUUAGGGAAGAAUCAAUACAACCAUUAUCAACCAAUUCAACAGGAAUGUUCAAUUCCUCAGGCAUAACACAGUCCACAACAAAUACACAACCUGCAUCAAGAAAUUUAAUAGCACAGCCAAGCACAAGUGCGCCUACAACACAAUUCACAUUACCAUCCACAACAACAGAAGAAUCUACACUAUUUACACAGCUGCCCACAGUCAACUCCACGACACAGCCCACCACUAAAGCAACCACAAUACUAUCCACAAUUUCAUCCACAUUAGCAUCUAACACAACAACAGUAGCAAAUACCCAAGCAAUCAUAUCAUCUACAGCGAACUCUAUCUCAAUAACAACGGAGUCCACUUCAUCUGCAACAACGACAACCACACCACAGCCAACUACCACAGCAUCCACAACAGUAUCCACAACAGCUUCAACAAGAGCGUCAACAGCUGAUAAAAUAGAAACAACACAGUUCUCGGCAGGCUCAACAAAUAACUCUACAGCACAGCCGAGUGCACCCAUAGCCCCAACAGCAUCCGCAGCAUUUAUAAUAGGAUCCACUGUGGAAUCCUCUACAACAUCAACAACAAGUGCUACAGUAAGAGCACAAGACUCAACGCCUGUUUCAACAACGAACUCCACCGCUGAGUCGAGCACGCCCGUUUCCAUCACAUCAUCCACAACAGCAUCUACAACAGCAUUCAGAACAGCAUCCCCAACUGCAUCCACAACUGGAUCCACAACAACAUCUGCACCAGCAUCGACUUUAGCAACCACUUUAGCAAUUUCCCCUUCAUUAGCAACCACAACAGAAUCCACAGCAAAUUUGACAACAGCAUCCACAUUAGCAGCCACAGCGGCACCCGCAUCAACUGUUUCUAUUGUAACACCUCAAUCCAUGCUUGCCUUAAGAGUGAACGCAGCACAGUUGAGUACAUCAGCAUCCUCAGCCGCAUCCACAACAGCAUCCACUGCGGCAUCCACUGCGGCAUCCACAGCGGCAUCCACUUCAGCGUCUACAGAAGCAACAACACAAUUGACAACAAGCUUCACAGCAGAGCCGAGUAGAGCUAAGACUCCCACAACAGAAUCCAUAAUAGCAUCCACAGCCGCCAGCAGCGACAUGAAUGCCAGCACUCUGGUCUCUCUGGUCUUUAGAGUGCCCGACAGCAGAGUCUUUAGACUCGCACUGGCCUCGCAGAUAACCCAUCCAAUAACUGGGCAUAAGACGUGCGCCGACGAGACCAAUUUGGAGCUGAAAGUUAAGGGCAUAUCGGAAACGCUCAAGUUUACUGGAUGCCUCUUCAAUAACUCAGCCCGCUCUGAAUCGAAUGACGGCACCUCGACAAGCCCAACACCCAAUAGCAGCACACAAAAAUCAGUUAACUAUAAGCCUUAUGGUUACUUAUAUGGUUUUGCCUAUGGCAGUGGUUAUGGAUCCGGCUAUGGACCUGGCCACGGAUCUGGUUAUGGACCCGGCUAUGCCAGCGGCUCCGCUGCGGCGGCUAGGCCCCAUAGCUGGGCACAAUACUAUCAUCGGCCUUAAUUUUACUUAACGACCUAUCUCAAUGGUUCUCUACUAUAUUGUAAAAUAAUCAAUAAGACUUUUUUUUAAUAUUCGUAUACCUUGCAUAUCUUUAGAGCUAUUCAACAUAUAAGCAAAUAAAAUUUUGAUACCCAAGCGAUUGCUGUGCGGCAACGUGACAUUUAAUACCAAAAGUA